CUCCACAGACAGAACAUUGGCUCCUCAACAGCACCAGAGAGAGAUCUAAGGAAAGUUAAAAACAAUUGUGGGAUGAGCAGUGGCACCGUGUCCAAGAUCCAGCUCUCACAGAUCACACAGAGCAUCUGCACUGGUGGCAGAGCUGGAUCUGCCCCUGGGGCACCCAGGACCAGCCCCUGACAUCUUCCCAACUCCCUCCCCCUCUGCGGAUUCCCAGCCAGACACCGCUCAGCCUUUCAUCUGCAGGAAGCCUGCUUUCCCUGGCAGCGCCAUUCCCGAGGAACCCCAGACCCAGAGGCACAGCUACAGCUCAGGCUGCUGCAGGAGCUCGGUGUUUAUUGGGGAGCCCCCCUGACAGCACACCAGGACACCCGGGAAGGACAACCUGACCCUGAAACUCCAGACCCAAAGGCACAGCAACACCUCAGGAGCUCGGUGUUCCUUGGGGAGCCCCCCUGACAGCACGCCAGGACACCUGGGAGGGACACCAGGACCGUGUGUGUCUCAUCCUUAGAAGCCAUCCCCAACUCCAGGAGGCUUUAAAGGAUCAUCCCCACGCCCAGAACAUCCCACCAUGAACGGGUUCUUGAACGAAUCCGACUUCCUGAUGGUGGAGGAGGGCUUCACCACCAGAGACCUCCUGGAGAACCUGCUGGGAGAGCUGUGCCAGGAGGGCCAGCAGCAGCAAGCAUUCUUCGUGGCAGACCUGGGGGACGUCGUGAAGAAGCACCUGUGUUUCCUGAAGGCCCUGCCCAGGGUGAAGCCCUAUUUCCCAGUGAAAUGCAACGGCAGUGAGGGGGUGCUCAGGCUGCUGGCAGAGCUGGGGGCAGGAUUUGCCUGUGCCAACAAGGCAGAGAUCAGCCGCGUCCAAGGCAUUGGGGUGCCACCAGACAGGAUCUUCUACAGCAGCCCCUGCAAGCAGGUGGCCCACCUCAGGUAUGCAGCCAGCCACGGGGUCAGGCUGAUGGCCUUUGACAACGAGGUGGAGCUGGGCAAGGUGGCCAGGAGCCACCCCCGUGCCAGGAUGCUGCUGGGGAUCACUGCUGACUCCAUCCCUGCUGCCCACCCCAGCCUGAGCUUUGGCAGCACGCUGCAAUCCUGUGGGCACCUGCUGCAGGCAGCCAAGGACCAGGCUGUGGAGGUUGUUGGCAUCAGCUUCCACCUGGGGAGCCGUGGGCUGGAGCCCCAGGCCUGGGCGCAGGCUGUGGCCACAGCACAGCUGGUGUUUGACAUGGGGACAGAGCUGGGACACCACAUGCACCUCCUGGACAUCGGGGGAGGCUUCCCUGCCACCGAGGACACCAGAGCCCCGCUGGAAGAGAUUGCUGCUGGGAUAAACUCUGCCUUGGAUUUGUACUUCCCUGAGGGCAGCGGGGUGGAAAUUAUUGCCAGGCCUGGGCGUUACUUCGUCACCUCUGCCUUCACCUUGGCUGUCAGCAUCACUGCCUUGGAGGAGAUCCCUGUGGAGCAGCCUGGCUCUGAUGAGGAAGAGUGUGGCAGCAAGAAGAGCCUGGUCUAUCACCUCAGUGACGGCAUCUACGGUGCCUUCAGCUGCCUCCUGUUCGACAGCCCCUGCCCCAGGCCCCGGCUGCACAGGAGGCCGUGCCCAGAGCAGCCCUGGCACAGCUGCAGCCUGCGGGGCCCGCGGGGGCACGCUGAGGAGCCCAGCAUCGCCGAGGGGCUGCGGCUGCCCCAGCUGCACGUGGGGGACUGGCUGAUCUUCGGGGACAUGGGAGCCUACAGCAUGCCAACGUCACCCCUGGGCACAGCUGGCGGCGCCCAGGCUCGGGUCACCUACGCCAUGUCCCGCAUGGCCUGGAAAACCAUCCAGCUGUUGCAGGGAAAGCCACCCCAGACAGAAGAAGAGCGUGAGAGCCUCUGCACGCCCCUGUCCUGUGGCUGGGAGAUGGCAGAGACCCUUUGUGUGCCCCCUGUCUUCGCUCCAGCUGGCAUCAUCUGAGCAGCUCUGGGCAAGGAGCCACGCUGGGAAAGGGCCUGUGGUGGUGCUGGCAGGAGAAAUGUCCCAAAAUGGUGUUGAGGUGGGGAAAAUCCCAUAAUGGUAUUGGGGAAAAAUCCCAUUGCAGCACUAGGGGAAAUGUCCCAAAAUGGUGUUGGGGUGGGGAAAAAUCCCAUAAUGGUAUUGGGGAAAAUUCCCAUGGCAGCACCAGGGGAAAUAUCCUAUAAUGGUGUUAGGGACAUUAGGGUGGGGAAAAUCCCACUGGGUGUCUGACUCCAUCCCAGUCUGUUAGUUGAAAAUUAUCAAAAGAUUUUUGUGAGUUUUCUAAUUUGGGAUUGAUGCUGGCGAAUUUUCAGGGUUUAGUGUCUCUUUUUGGGUCGAGAAAUCUGUCCCAAACACUAGGGGGACUCUGGAGCUAUUUGGGAACAGUUAUUUUUUGAAAUUCUUUUGUGUUGGGAUCAAAGGGUUGGCAUUUGCAGGGGUGAAAUAAUUCUCAGUCUGUCCUGUAUUUAUUAAAGCAGCUGUCAUAUUCCACCCUCCCCGUGAAAAACACCAAUCUCCUGUUUUUAAAAUUUUAAAAAUUUAAUAGUAAUAAAAUGGUUAUAAAAAUAGUAAUACAAUUAGAUUAAUAAUAAUUUGGACAAUUUGAAUUAGGCCAAUAUGAGACAACAAAUACAAAGAGUUAUAGACAGUCCAGGUACCUUUUUCUGGGCAGCACGAGCCCGAAAAAGGACACAGUUAACAGAGGAUUAACCCUUAAAAACAAUAACCUGUUGCACAUUCACACACCUCAAACACGAUGCAUAAAUUCCAUUCAAACACAGAAUUCUGUCUGUGUUAUCCUCUCCCAUAAAUCCUGCUCCUCCA